AUGCAGGGUGAACGUCGCAAAGCGAACAGCCCUCUUUGCCGCUCUGCCUCGGUUUGGAGGAGAAAAAUAGUCCUUCUGCCGUUUACGUGUAAGGGCCUGGACAAGAAACCUGAAAAUAAUUGGGGACACUGUGCCUCAGCUGUAACAAGAAAACCCCACAGGCUCUCUUCUGUUCGCUUUUGGGUUUCUUCGAAGGAGUUUUGGUCUGUUGAAAUGUGUAACUAUCAACCUUGGGAAGAGGAUUCACUUCAGAGUGCAGAUUAUGUACAAAGUACUGCAGAAGGUGUAGAUGUAGCGGAGACAAGGUGGGGAGCCCGGCUGGCAAUGUUGGAAGCAAGGGUAACUCGAGUGGAGGCUAGGGUGGAAAGACUUGAGGCAAAGAUGCUUCAUCUGCAGAAGGGAAUGCGUGUUGUUUGUGCGCUGUUUCUGGUUACUCUCAUGUAUGCAAUAUUCAAGUAA